CCUUGUGCCCUGCCAGGCCUGGCCCUGCUGCUGCUCAACGCCCACGUCGGCACUGCCUAUGUGCUGACCUGUUACUUCACCAACUGGGCCCAGUACCGGCCUGGAGAGGGCAAAUUCACCCCCGAGAACAUCGACCCCAACCUGUGCACUCACCUGAUCUAUGCCUUCGCYGGCAUGAACAACAACGAGAUCACCACCUACGAGUGGAACGAUGAGACGCUCUACAAAUCCUUCAAUGGCCUCAAGAACCAGAACAGGAAUCUGAAGACCCUGCUGGCCAUUGGAGGAUGGAAUUUCGGCACCCAGAAGUUCACCACCAUGGUCUCCACACCCCAGAACCGCCAGACCUUCAUCAACUCCGUGGUCAGGUUCCUGCGCCAGUACGGCUUUGAUGGGCUGGACCUGGACUGGGAAUACCCCGGCUCCCGGGGCAGCCCCGCCCAGGACAAGGCUCUCUUCACCGUCCUCGUCAAGGAAAUGCUGGCAGCCUUCGAGCAGGAAGCCCGGCAGAGCAACCGGCCCCGGCUCAUGGUCACCGCUGCUGUGGCCGGAGGACUGUCCACCAUCCAGGCUGGCUACGAGAUCGCUGAGCUGGGCAAGUACCUGGAUUACAUCCACGUGAUGACCUACGACUUCCACGGGCCCUGGGACGGCUCCACGGGCGAGAACAGCCCCCUGUUCAGCGCUGGCAGCACCCUCAGCGUUGAAUACGCCAUGAACUACUGGAAGAACAACGGUGCCCCCGCUCAGAAACUGCUGGUGGGAUUCCCGACCUAYGGGAAAACCUUCACCCUGCAGAACCCGUCCAACACCGCCAUUGGGGCACCGACCUCCGGCCCUGGCCCUGCCGGACCCUACACCAGGGAGGCCGGGCUCCUGGCUUACUACGAGAUCUGCAGCUUCCUGAACUCCGGAGCCACCCAGGCC